UUGCAAUAAUUGUGCCAAACCUGGUACAUACGUCAAGCUCCUCCUAAUUGGCGGAGACACUCUGAUAGGAUGGUUUGUCCGUCCAUACGUCGAACUUCUCUCGAGCAAACCUUCUGAAUGGUUGGCAUACACCCGCGUGUAUAUAGUCCCCUUGGGCAACUGCAAUAUUUCCCGCCACCUGGCGAUGUUGGAUCCGGGGUACCAGACCUUGUUUCCCAACGAACAAGAAUUGAAAAUUGACGAGCUCUCGCAGAGGUUACAGAGGUACCUUUCCUCCCCUCUGUCUGCUCCUGUCGCCCAGCUACCCAUCGGCGAAGCUAUGCUCACCUGUCACGACGAGAACAGCCAAUUGUUCAUUCCAUUUGUCAGUGAGGUCAGAGUAGGACCCGCAGAUCUAGCACUAUCGAUCUCUGUGGACUUGGACGACCUGAUGUGCUCCAGUCCACCAGCACCUUCUUUGACUCCUCCCUCUUCUCCCAACGUGCAGGCACGGGACUCGCCGUGGGAACCACUCGACCUCCAAUUGGACUAUUGGCAACUGCCGAAGUUCUCCGACAGCACCAUAAAGACUGAUAAAACUAAACAAGACGGCAAAACUUCUUUGAAAGCCAUUUUCCGAGGACUUCAGGUUUCUCCAACUACACAUUCUGGACUUAAUGUUACCAUGCUAUUGGCGAAUAAAGAGAAAAAACAGAAAAUUAUGAGAUUAGGAAAGAAGAAAGAAAAGGAGAAAGAUAUGGAGCCUCGCAGUCAGAACGUAGAAGGAGUCUCAAGGCUGAUAUGCUCUGCUCGCGCUGCUCAUACUUCUCCCAUGAAAGGUAAGAAAUAA